CCACCCCGGCCGCGUCGCGACGACUCGCUUUGCUACAUCUGCUGUUGUGUGCGUGCGUGCGUACGUGCGUGCGUGCGUUGGUAGCGCGCCUCGUGGUCGAGGUGCAGAGUGAGGAUAUCCCAGUAGAAGUGACCAGUGUGGCGAGACAGUAGAUGUGACAGUUGCUGUGUUAGUGACCGUGAGUGUUCAAGUCAGCGAUGUGAAGAUGUGUGUUCGGAUGGCCUGGGGGUCGGGCGUCGCCCUACUAGUCGCUCUACUUACUGCUGCGGAUCAAGCCACGAUGGGUCGACUUCCCGAGAGCUCUACGGAAGUGGCAGCAUCUUUGAACGACCUAGAGGCCUCUUUCCCUCCCGCCCUUCCGCCAAGGUUCGUCACGGACAACUCCAGCGUGGUCACCGCUCAGACCGGCAGCACCGCUCUUGUGCCCUGCGUCAUUCACAACAUCGGCGAUGGAAUGAUAUCGUGGAUACGGAGGAAGGACUACCACCUGCUCACAGUCGGGCUGACGACGUACACGGGAGACGAGAGGUACCAGGCCAUUCAUGUCCAGAACUCCGAGGACUGGACGCUGCAGAUAAAGUUUGUGCAGCAGCGAGACGCGGGGCUCUACGAGUGCCAAGUGUCUUCACAUCCACCAAUCAGUAUAUUUAUAGAACUUAAAGUUGUUGAGGCUAGAGCAGAAAUCUCUGGACCGUCUGAGAAGUACCUGAAGUUGGGCAGUUUGCUGCGGCUGGUGUGCACGCUGAAGCAGAGUCCCGAGCCUCCAGUGUACGUGUUCUGGUACCACAACAACCGCAUGGUCAACUAUGACAACGACCGGGGCAUCAACGUGACGUCAGAGCUGGCGGCUAAAACGAGUUCCCUCGUUAUAGCGUCGGCCACCAGAGACCACUCGGGCAACUACUCUUGUGUGCCCAACAACGCUCAGCCGGCGAGUACUGUCGUUCACAUACUCAACGGUGAGAACCCUGCUGCGAUGCAGACUGGUGGGAGGGGUCUGUCAUGGCUUCACUGCCCGUCGUUGUUGCUGCUGAUUGCGUCUCUGGUAGCAUCAUCAUCAUCCCUGUCCAGCAGACCUUGUCUACUCAUCACGACAGUGAAAGACCUCUAGUGUGUUUCAGAAAGCGAACGUUGUGUAGUUCUCAACGAAGUGUAUCAUAUCUGACUAACUAUUUUUACGGUACCGUUAUUCAGUGCCGGUGUAAAGUCUUUAAGUUUGUUCCCCCUUAGACUGUUCCGGUUUAACAGUCUUGGAACGGCAAACUGAACAUUUGUGGUUGUCUGUGAUAACGAACAAAGUUUGGCUUAUUGAAGUGGUUUCAUGUUUGCUACCUAUAUAAUGAGAGCAUUUUACUAUGUAAAAACAAUUAUUAACAUAUAAUUAAGUAAUUUGUAUUCCAUCAGGUAUACUUUUUAAAAUAGCUUGUGUUACAGAAAAUCGUUUCUAUUGUGUACUUUCUGUAGAUAGUUAGGAAUAUUUUUUUUUACUAAUACGUUUAUUUAGUCUAAAUUGAACAUGGUAUGUAAAAUAUUAUAUAAAACAAAUGUUUCCCAAUUAUUUUUGUAAGUAUGAUACUAAAGCACACGCAAGCAUACAUGCUAAAUGAAAGUAUUAUAAAUGAAUGAAAUAUUGUUGUUGUGUAAAUAGAAAGUUAUAAUGGUUAGGUUUGUGUUUAUUUGGUUAUAAGUUUUGUGCUGGACGCAACAUAUCGUGUGAAAAAAGUAUAUAUUCAUUAAUAAUAUAUAUUUAUUAAAUUUCACCAUUUAAAACAUCUCUAUAACACAGAGAGUUAGUUAAGAAGAAACUCGGUUAAAUAACUUAACUAUUUUAAUAAAUUAAAAUUACACAAUUUAUCUAAAGAAGAAAUUUUAGUUAAUAUUAAUCAACUUACCAUGCCAAUAUUGUAACUUUGUAAUGAAAAUUAUCGUUAUAAUAAAAACAUUAAUAAAUGAAAAUUUUUAAAGUUGUUAGUAUGUAAUAUUUUUAGUUUAUGGGCGUGUGAAAAGUUACUUUAAUAAACUUAAAAAUCCCUAGUCAAAUUGAUGUUUGUUGAAAACAACUCAACUCCGUAAAAAACCUUUAUCAAAUAACUAUUAUUUUUUUCAAUACAGUUUUCUUUUCUAUUACAAUAGUUGUAGAUAAGGCCGUUACGGGCUACGUGGUAUAAAUACAUGUCAACUCUAUUUAUCACCAUAUUUGACAGGGUGUUCAAUGUAAUGUAAAUAUUCCCGAGCUUCGUUUACCAAACGAAAUGCCUCAUGUGCUCAAUAUAUAUGUAUAUUUAUUUAUGGGCAAAUAGCAUAUUAUUUCCUCAUAUGUUGUUCCCCUGUACAUAAAAUAUAUAUGGCUCUUGUAAAAUUUGUUUGUUAUCUGUUACUAUUUCAUAUAGAUGUAAGCUUUAUAUUUUUUAAUGCCUUUAACUAAUUUUUAACCUUAGUUUGUAGCUCGUAGCUUUAAAAUAAACUCACGAUUAACAUUGAAA